AGCUGAACAAUAAUAUAAACAAGCUUAUUAGAGCGAAAAAAUGAAGUGAACUACAGCUGGAGCACUGAUGAAAUUGUCAUCUCUGAUAUUUUGAGCAUUCCGUUAAGCAAAACGUCGAGCAGGGAGAGCUAUAACUAUAUCAAUUGGCCUGAGGGAAUGGUUUACUUCUUGAGUACUGGUACUGGUAUCUUCACUGGAGCGUUAGCCUGCUCGCUAAACUGGUUUCUCAAAAUGAUUUAUAUCACCAAAUCUAACGGUAGCUAAGUGGUUUUUACAUUUGGAUUGUGAUUUUGAUAUUUCAGCUAUGUUGCACAGUCCAUUAUGCAACAUGUGUCGAUUAUAAACGUUCGGAUGUUGCCUUGUUUGACAGCUCGUAAAUGUAACCCAACCCGUAAAUUGUUGGUGUCCAGUGGUUAAUGGUCUAAGUAUGCGAUGCUAGGAUGUUCAAAAAUGUGUUCGCGUCAGGAUUUCUUGUGAGGACCGCACACGUUAUUCUGACAUGGGUGAUAACGUUAAUUCUCUUUCUGCACGACACGGAGCUAAGAAAGCAAGAGGAGACAGGGCAACUUUUCAAGCCCGUGCUCUUCGUGACGCUGGUUCUGGUGUCGGUGCUUCUGUAUUUCGGGGUGUCACUCAUGGAUCCGGGGUUCGUGCUCUGUGACGACCGAGACGUCCAGUUCACCCUGGGCGUCACAGAAGAGCAACAGGGCAUGAUACCCCACACCCCAAAGUCUUUGAGGCUCCGUCGUUGUGGACAUUGCCUUUUGGAGCAACCAAUGAGGUCUAAGCACUGCCAGACAUGCCAACACUGCGUGCGCCGCUACGACCACCACUGCCCCUGGAUCGAGAACUGCGUUGGGGAGAAGAACCACCGCUGGUUCGUGCUCUACCUAGCUAUCCAACUCAUCGUCCUCGUCUGGGCUUUCCACAUGGCCUGGUCGGGCUUCACGCAGGCGUCCACGUGGCAGCUGUGGCUGCGCACCAACGGCGUGCUGCUGGGGGCAGCGACCCUGGUGGCCGUGCUCUCCCUGACCGUGCUGCUCCUGCUGGGCUCCCACCUCUACCUGGUCUCCCUCAACACCACCACCUGGGAGUUCAUGUCGCGCAGCCGCAUCUCCUACCUCAAGCACUGCGGCGCAGACGAGAACCCCUUCGACCGCGGCACGCUGCGCAACCUCUGGAGCUUCUUCUGUGUCUGGGGCACCGUGGUGUGGGAGAAGGUCUACUUCCGCGAGGACAACCCCAUAUGAUGGAGAUGGUUUUUUUUUUCAUUUUCCCAGUCUCUACUUACGUAGAGAUGUGUUUGGAGAUGUUUCCACCUCUGAGAUCUGUAUGAGGGAGAUGUUUCCACCUAACCGUUCUCUCAAACAGGAUGGCGACAUCUCUUGAAGCUUGGUCCAGAAUCCCUCGUUCAUUCCUUUCCUGUCUCUGCGCGUGAGGGACUGUGGUGUGGGAGAGGAAGUCUACUUGUGGGAGGAUGACGUCAUAUCAUUCAUGUUAUGUAAAUGUUUAUUUGACGCUUGGACAAAGCAAUUGCAUUGGGCAGACCAGGGGUGCGUUUCUCGACAACAUCAUUGCUAACUAAGUUAGCUAGUUUUGUUUUUUUUGUCGUAGAAGCCGAAUGCAUUUUUGCAAAACUCUGUUUUCAAAAAAUAUCUCAUUUAGGGGGCUGAAACGUACCUGGAACAAUGGAGUUUUUAUUUUUAACCACAUGCUGUGUUUACACGUAAACGGAUUGAAAAAUGUCCGCCUUUUACAAUAUCCGCAUAUGUGUAACCAGCACCUUAGAGAUGUAAACCCAUCUCUUGAAGCUUAGUCCAGAAAUCCUUUAAUUCCUUCCCUCUUCUUUUCCCAUGACUUGUGGAAGAUUCUUCUGUCUUUAUUACAGUGUGAACCUAUUGAGUCAUAGGGAGCAAUCGAGCAGAUUUGAAAGAGUAAUGCACUUCAUGGCAGCUCCAUAAUGCACUUGAUGGUUGCACUUUGUUAAAUUUCAAAAGUGGUUGCUUUUGAUGGAUUGUUAUUUAUUCUGGCGAUUGGAAAGCAUAUAAGGUUGGAUUUGGUCCAGAAAAACAGAAUGGAUGUCUGUGAUGAAGGACCAAAUGCAGUCACUGCAGAGAGUACUGAAAGCAUUUAAUGUGAUCAAACUGAGAUGCCCCACAAGGCAUUUAAAUAAACCCUUCUUCGGCACUGCUCUGUAUAUUACAGAUUAUUAUGGUGUGAAUACAGUGUGUAUACCAAUAUUAGUCCAGAAUCAUGUCCUUGAACCAUUUGUGUGUGAAUUAUGUCUUUUCUGGCUUUUUCAGAAUUGGCUCAUAACUGUUAGAUUACCUGUACAACGUGAAGUAAAGAAGCUAGUUUUCUCAACAUAAGCUCAAAGCUGCCUUGCAUGGACGAACAGGGUCCUGAUCAAUUUCUAGCCAGCAGGUCAGCUGUAAAAACAACUGUACACUUCAACUGCAAAAGGCAACGACUUUUCUUACCAUUCAACAUGUAUGCCUUCCUAUAUACUCUUACAUCUUUGAAGACAUUUCACAGUAGUAUAUUUUUUGAUGAGAAUUUGUGUAGUGUGAUGACUUCUUGGUGAGAUUAAUAACAAUCAAUUUACAGACCAAAAUGAAUGGACUAUAGCUUAAUCGAUCAAACUCACUCUAGUUGUUUAUGCAUAUCCGUGUGUUGGAGACUAUGCUUCCGACUUAGCAAGCAUGAUGCCACAUAUACCAGCCUAGCUACAGUAGAUUGUGCAUGUAGAGUAGAACACAGCUAUGGGUCCAUUCCAUUAAACUAACUCCCGUCCUCGACCUGUGCUUGACCUCCUCAUUCCAUAUCCCGAUUGCAAAUAAGUACAUGACCUUUGAAUUGCACUUUUGCAAGAUAUGGAUUUGAAUUCAACUUCAUCAUGGGGCCACAAACACAAGGGAGGACGGGAGUUGGGAUAAUGGGAAGGACCCUAUGUGUGCAAAUCAAUAAUUCCUCCAAAUUCAUGCCCUUUCCUUGCUCCUCUGUCCUCAUAUCUCGUGGUCAACCAGGGUAACAGUCUUUUUAUAUUGGACAUUUGUUAAACAUUCAAAAUACAAACGCGAUGCAUCUGGGGAAAAAAUACCCACGUUGUGACACGUUAUGUGGACAUAUGUCUCUUUCAAAGUUGAUUUCACAAGGAUUAUUUUUUAGAUGCAUCACAUCUGUACCGGAGUGUUCAAUAUAAAAGAGACUUCACUCGAGCCGACAGCGAGAUAUGGGUUCUGAGAACAGGGCAGCGUCGGAGGAUGUGAGUUUGGGAAAAUGAAAUGCAGUCUAUUUGUGUGUUGUGUCCUCAUGAGGAUGGAGUGAAGUUUCCUUCUGUGCAAUGUUAAUGACAUUUAGAGAGUGAGAGCAAUAAUUGCAAUGUUGUUUUCAAUCCUGUUUUUUGCCGUUUGCGUAACUUUAGAGAAUUUGCACAGUGUUUUUGCAUCAUGGAUAUUUGUGUUUGCUAUACAGUUAAAGUUUGUCUUUAUGCAAUAUUUACAUUGUGACAUGCAAUAUGUACAUUUUUUUUAAACACAUUUUGCAUUUUCAGUAUUAAUAAACUGAACAUGUAUUGGUCAA